GUGCGCCUAUGUUUUAAUGCGCAAUUCUUUCUCUCUAAUUUGGCGAAAUCAUUGAUAGGAAAUUCCACCGUAAACGCCAAAACCCCUUUUUUAGAAAACCCCAAUUUCAUAAUUUCAACAUCAAUCAUCUCAAUUCAAUUCAAUUCUUCGAACCACCUUCAUCAUCAAUCUCCCACAACAGCAUCGCGUUAGAAAAAACCUUUCUCAGGUGAUCAAGAGAGUUGGAACCUGCUUAUUCAUAUUACAGAUCAUCUGAACAAACGAGGGAGGGUACUAGUUUGCAGAGUUAUUUAAACUUCUGCGAGCUUAGAAUCCUCUCUCCUUGUUUUCGAAAGUUUUGUCAUUGAUUCGUGCUGUUGGGGGCUGCUCUUUAGCAUAGUGUGCAUCUGACACAGUCGAUAUUUCAGCGAUCUGUUGUGCUGAGAAGUGCGAGAGUCUUAGACUGAAAGAAGGGGAAAUUUUGAAACUGAAAUCAUGGGUUCCAUUUGUUCUUGUUUAAGUGUUGAUGAUUUUGAAGAUUACAUGAAUCCGCAUAGUCAUGUGUAUAGGAACUGCGUUUGUGUCGGUUGCUUCCUACAAAACAUUUCGGCUGUUUAUUCAUCAAUAUUCCAUAGAAGGGAAAUGCAGGCGCUUCCUUCAUCUGUACAGGGGGCGGCAUCUAUGACUAAUACAGCAUCACUUGAUAAUUCUCUAGCUGAGAUAUACCGUUCUCCUCCAAGGCCGUUACCUUAUGAUGCAGACCCUAGGCAUUUCCGCUCACAGCAUGACGGACUUGUUUCAAGACGUGAGAAGGGUUCCAGUCAUUUGAAUGAAGAGUCAGAACCUCUAAGGGUUGAUGUGGAUGUAGAUCCAGAAUCUUUGAGUUCGAGUGGUAAGUGGAAAGAAUCCACCGGAAAAGAUGGGUCAAAGGAAUACCGUUCCAAGUCCUCAGUAAGACUUUCGUCAGCAAAACUUACAACUGGAGCUGCGCUUGUGUAUGCAUCAUCAGAAGAGGAGGAUGUUUGUCCAACAUGUCUUGAAGAAUACACUGAAGAGAAUCCGAAGAUAGUGACAAAAUGUAAUCACCAUUAUCAUCUUGGUUGCAUAUACGAGUGGAUGGAGAGAAGUGACAGCUGUCCUGUUUGUGGGAAGGUGAUGUUAUUCGAUGAAUCGCCAUAAUCUUUCGUGAUUAAAUGUUUUUUGUCGUUGAUGAAACCAACAACAGAAGCAAAACGAAAAUACAACCAUACACAUUGUGAAUACUUCAGAUAAGCACUCAUCAUGUACAGUAAUAUAUAUCUAAGUUCUAUGAACCAUCAUGAUUGUAAGUUUGAACUCAUCAUGCUGUGUUUCCUCAUUUAUGCUUUUCUCCUCUGCUAAAACUGGCGAGGAAGAAAGAGUGCAAUUUCAGAUUGAAUCUUUGUCAUGGUUUCAACUUUCAGAGUUUGCCUUGUAAUGGAAUGAUUUCUUCUUUUUCAAGUUUAAUUAUUCUUCUUUUGUUA